AUGCAGUUCUCCGUCGUCCUCGUCUCACUCUUCGCCCUGGCCGUCUCCGCCGCCCCCGCCGAGAUCCAGAAGCGCUCAACCACCUGCGGCAGCACCACCUACUCCACCGCCCAGGUCAACGCCGCCUCCAGCGCCGCCUGCACCCACGUCAAGGCCGGCACCGUCGCCGGCAGCUCCACCUACCCCCACCGCUACAACAACUACGAGGGCUUCGACUUUGACGUCACCGGCCCGUGGUACGAGUUCCCCAUCAAGACCAGCGGCGUCUACACUGGAGGCUCCCCCGGUGCCGACCGUGUCGUCAUCAACGCUUCUUGCGGCCAGGCUGGCCAGAUCACCCACACUGGCGCCAGCGGCAACAACUUCGUUGGCUGCUCCGGUACCUCCUAA